GGAAGCGUUUCUAAGGCGACGCCCGGCCCGGCGGCGGCAGUUGGGGGAGGGCGGCGGGUGGUGGCUGACGGGGCUACGCUGCGCCGUCAUGGAGCACAUCCGCACCACCAAGGUAGAGCAAGUGAAAUUACUGGAUAGGUUCAGCACCAGCAACAAGUCUCUGACAGGAACUCUGUACCUUACAGCAACUCAUCUGUUAUUCAUAGAUUCAAGCAGGAGGGAGACUUGGAUAUUACAUCAUCACAUUGCUGCAGUGGAAAAACUUCCUUUGACUACUUCUGGCUGCCCCCUUGUCAUCCAGUGCAAGAACUUCAGGAUAGUUCACUUUGUUGUUCCCAGAGAGAGAGAUUGUCAUGAUGUUUAUAACUCUUUGCUUCAGCUGUCGAGAACAGCAAAAUAUGAAGAACUGUAUGCCUUCUCUUAUAAUCCAAAGCAAAAUGAAUCUGAGCAAGUCAAAGGUUGGCAGCUUAUUGAUCUAGCAGAAGAAUAUAAGAGAAUGGGAGUGCCAAAUGAUUACUGGCAGUUGUCUGAUGCAAAUCGUGAUUAUAAGAUUUGUGAAACCUAUCCUAGAGAUCUUUAUGUUCCCAGAACUGCAAGCAAGCCCAUAAUUGUUGGUAGCUCCAAGUUCAGAAGCAAAGGAAGAUUCCCGGUGUUGUCCUAUUAUCAUAAGGAAAAAAAGGCUGCGAUUUGCAGAUGCAGUCAGCCUCUCUCAGGUUUCAGUGCCAGGUGCCUGGAAGAUGAGCACAUGUUGCAAGCAAUCAGUAAAGCAAAUCCCUCAAAUCGCUACAUGUAUGUCAUGGACACCAGGCCAAAGCUUAAUGCAAUGGCAAACAGAGCUGCUGGGAAGGGCUAUGAAAAUGAAGACAACUACUCUAACAUUAGGUUCCAGUUUGUUGGAAUUGAAAACAUUCAUGUAAUGAGAUCCAGCUUACAAAAACUCUUGGAAGUCAGCGGCACAAAGGGUUUGUCUGUCAAUGACUUCUUGUCUGGUUUGGAGAGUUCCGGAUGGCUGCGUCAUAUCAAAGCUGUGUUGGAUGCUGCUGUUUUCCUAGUCAAGGCUAUAGCAGUUGAGAGUGCAAGUGUGUUAGUGCACUGCUCAGAUGGCUGGGACAGGACUUCGCAAGUUUGUUCUCUUGGAGCUCUCUUACUAGAUUCCUAUUACAGAACAAUCAAAGGAUUCAUGGUUCUGAUAGAGAAGGACUGGAUUUCUUUUGGGCACAAGUUCUCUGACAGGUGUUGUCAGUUGGAUGGUGAUCCAAAAGAGAUCUCGCCAGUGUUCACUCAAUUUUUAGAAAGUGUGUGGAAUCUGAUGGAGCAGUUUCCACAGGCCUUUGAGUACAAUGAAGCUUUCCUUCUUCAGAUCCAUGAACAUGUCCAUUCGUGCCAGUUUGGAAACUUCCUUGGAAAUUGCCAAAAAGAGCGAGAAGAACUAAAAUUAAAAGAGAAAACAUAUUCCUUGUGGCCGUUCCUUCUGGAUGAACAAAAGAAGUACCAGAAUCCUCUGUAUAGUCCAGAUUUUUCUCCAGAGCUAACUCUUUUGGAGCCUAAUACAGUGUCAUUCAAUUUUAAGUUUUGGAGAAAUAUGUACCACCAGUUUGAUCGAAGUAUGCAUCCCAGGCAAUCUGUGUAUGAUCUUAUCAUGAACAUGAGUGAACAAAAUAAACAGCUGGAGAAAGACAUAAAAGAACUGGAAGCUAAAAUAAAGCAGAAAAAUGGUCAACCAGAUGCAGUCCUUCUGAAAGAACAUCAGCAGUCUGCUCAUCCUGCACCUGUGGCACUGAAAACCCCUCCAUGUUUCAAGAAGGAGCAGCCACUGAUCCCUGUGAAUGAUGCUGUAAGAACUAUAGAGGGCAGCAACACAGCGGACAAUCGCUACAGUGAAUUCAUGGAAGAGUUUUCAAAAGCUGAGCCUGCUGUUGUCAGUUUAGAGUAUGGAGUGGCCAGGAUGACCUGUUGAAAUCUGGCACGGCGCUUCUCUCUUCCAGCCUGGCUGAAUUAAGACAUUUUGAGGAUAGGUCUGUGCUGCAUGACCAAAACAUGAUUUGUAUAUUGGCAAGUUUUGUUAAUGUAGACUAGAACAGCAUGCUAAUUGUCAGGUGUUUGCUGUUCUUAUAUAUAUAUGUAUACAUAUAAAAAAAAAAUUAGUUGUAUUUUAAAAGAAAUAAGGGCAUUUGGUAAGUAGUGACUAAGAAUUGAGGAGAGGUAUGUCUUUGGACUUCGGGUUGGUUUGCACUAAAUUAAAACAGUAAUCUUUAUUCAUUAUAGGAAAACACAGGUGGUCUUUCACAUUGAUUUUAUUUGGGCAAGAAAACUUGAACUUUGUAUUUUGGGGACUGAAGCUACAAGUGUAUAUAUAUAUUGCAUAUAAUACAAAUAUGUAUGCCCUUGUUAUAUGUCACCCAGUACUAAUUUUCAAUGUAUUAAGUGCCAUGGGAAAAGUAUUUAAAAACAUUAAUUGUUGGCCUUAAACCUGUUGAUCAGUAAUAUUGGUGUUCAUGACUACUGCACUCUGUAAACUAACUGUUUACUUUGUAUUUGUUCAAAUUGUUUUCCUUAAAACAAGACUGAAUACAGGGAAUGAAGAAUGCCUAAGCUGGCACAGCUUUUCAGCAAAUUGCUAUUUGAAUGUCAACCUAUUACUGAAGACUGUUCUUUCUUCCGGUUCCUCUGUUUAAAAUAUAAUAGAGAGCAAAAUCAGGCCAAUCUAGUAGCUCAGUAGAUUUGAGCAUAAUUGGAAGUAUACGUUGUCUGAUCUUAAGUGCUUUGAUUUGUGGUAAGGUAUAUAAGUAGAAUAAAGAGUAAAACACACAAGAAAAAAAUUAGCCAAUAUCUGAACGGAACUUGACUAUUCAGAUUAUUUAAUUGCAUGCUGGGCAGUUGUUUCAGUUCCAAGAAUGGAAGCAGAAGUUUGAAAGUAGUCUACUGACAUUGUUCCUGAGUACAACAAAAGUCUUUAAUUUGUCUGGAGCUCAUAAGAAACUGAGUGCCUCCUAAAUCUUUCUCUGGGAGAAAAACUUCAUAAUUAGUGAAGCCUCCCUCUUAUCUUAUAAAAACUUGUCCAACCUGUGCAUUUUAAAAAUCUUCUAAGUGUAGUGAAACCUGUAACUAUAUAAUGUAACUACAUAAAAUCUUAAUCUAGCAGGAUACAGUAGAAAUUCUGACAUAAGUUUAUAUAAUGUAGAUUUCCAUGUUUGUAGCCUCCUAGUAAGGGAGAAGGUUUUUGUCAACUUCUAUCUCAUGACAUUUUCUGAGCAGGUAACAGAAAUAUUCAUAUUUGGGUAUUAAGAUCCCUAGGUAUGCUGUUAGAUUAAUGCUACUAGCUUUUUAUCUUCGGAUUUAAAUCCUUUUUGGUUAUAAGUGAAAAUGAGUUUAUUCCUAUCCUGAUCCCUAAAGUCUGUUUUGUUAAAAUCAGUGGUCUGUGCCCCACAUAACUUGACAUAAUUGGCAGUGUUUCCCUCCACAUCAAAUUAGAUCCAGUACUUUAUUAAGGCCAAUAUACGUCAUGAUCAAGUUGCACUUGCAAAGUUUUAUGGGUGAAGUUAACUGUGACCCCUGUAUUUGGUGAGUAUAAUUCACUAUUUCGUUUGCUUAAAGCCUAUAAAUGUAAAUAAAUGUUCAUAAGUCUUUUUAUUCUUGAAGAGAGAGUAUCAUCUUUAAAAUACAUUACCCAGUCAUUUAAACAUGGUUAAUUUUUUUCCACUACAAGUUUUGACUGAGUUUCACAUUUGCAAUUUGCACAGUGGUGCCUUACAGGGUUGCAGCAAGAGAGGGUUUUGUGCCUUGUUAUUUGUUGUCUACCCAUCACCUCCUGUAUCAAACUGGUUCUGUGGUUUUCCUUUGAAAAACAUCUUGUAUUAUUAAGCUUGUGUUGCAUCUCACUAUGGAAACAAACAUCAUUGACAAUAUAGGCAAGUGUUAUUGGUUUGUACUUGUUUGUUUUAAUAUUUAGCUGCUCUGGUGUGCCAUGUACAUUUUUCAUAUUUAUUGUUUAGAGUUUAUGGACUCAAAAGAUUAUAUUAAGCUUUUUUUGCAAAUAUUGUUGUAUGUGUUUUUUACUUUAAGAACCAAGUACCCUUGUAUAUAAGGCUUUUUAAAAGAUGGUUCCCUUUCAGGACUGCUGAAGUGAUCUUAAUUCAGUCUUUGGGCCCCUUCUAUUGGAAGAGUUCACUCAGAUAAGAGAGUUGGGAUGCCUUUCAAUUUUAAAUCAAGGCAUGUUAGGUCAGCUUUAAAGUGCUGUAAAAUUAUCUGCUUGGGCAUAAAACCUACUUUGUUUAAAAAAAAAAAAACAACACUUCCUGAUUGAAAUUAAUUACUUUGCUGUGGUCAGUAUGUGAAUAGUUUUAUGAGGCCGAUGCAUGGAGCAGCCUUACAAAGUCCAGACAGGUUUGCCAAUUCAGCCCUCGGUCACCAGUGAGAAACAUUCCUGCAGAGAGGCAGCUGUCUGUCCUUGUUUGCUGUUUAGGCUUAAGCCAAAGCUACCUUAAAGCACAUGGGACCUGUGGUGAGGUAAAUAGAUAGGUAGCACAGUGAGCUCCAACACAAGGCUUGGCAGGACAGCCAGCACUCAGCUCAGUGGGACUGUUCUCUGUCCUUUGAGAAGCUGACUAAAAAGAUGUGGCAGGAGCCUUCUGGGAGGAGAAAGAAUUCUGAGUCAUAAUUCUGAUUCAGAGUUCAGUGGAUGAACUUUAUCACAGGCAUGCUGCUUCAAGAGCAAUUACAGUAUCAAAAGGUGCCAGUACCACUCAAAAAAAAAGUUCAGAAUUCUUUCUAAUUCUUUUUCUUCCUAGCUGUGGCUCUUGCAGCUGGUGCACUGUCCAGGUGGUUGGGAGUAUAAAGUAGAAACUUGCUAUAAUUAGUUAUUUCAUUGUUUCCAAGACCUGAAGCACAGAAUUGGCAGGUGCCAGUUCUGAAAAGGUCUAGAAAAAGUCUGGGUUCCUAAGUUUUGUGCAUUGCACUGUAGGGGAAAAAUUAUCACCUUCAAUUAACAAAGCUGAUAGUCUCACCUGAGCAAUUAAAGCAGUUUUCACAUUGUACUCCAAGCAAUUUGAAAUAGUUAUUUCACUAGUAUAGGAAGAGUUGGGUUUAUUUUUAGGUGGUUAGCUAUUGUCAUGAUGUAUUCUUUUAAUACAAGUUUAAAUAUCCGAGCGUUCUGUUUUGUAGGACAACGGCCAAAUCAACAGACUAAGAAAUUAAUUAAGCAAUGCUGAACUGAGCCUGAAUUUUCCACACAUCUAAUUACAAGUGACCUAAAUCUAGAGCAAAAGCCUGAAGUCUAGAGUCCAUUUAGAGAACUGGAACAGCAGUCCUUCCAUAAAACUGCACAUCUCUACCGUAAUGUGGAACAAAUGUCUGAAUAUAAUGUUUUUGGGGGAAAGCUAUUACAAAUCAAACUGCGACAGUUCGAUGUAUUUCUUACUCAUUGUGAGCACACUGGAAAAUGCCUUGCAGGGAAAGAGAAUGUGUUCUUUCUCUGUAGCUGCUGCUUUCCUAAGGCCUUUUGAUGAGGAGUAAUGCUUCGGCAGAGCUCUGGGAACUUGCUGCUCCUAUUCUGGUAAAGCAAGCACAUAAUGGAUGCGCAGAGUUGUUGUGGCUCCUGAGCUCCCUUACAAAAGAAGGGAAGUAGGGCUGUGAGUAGCUUGGCUUAACUACUAACCCCUUGAGGAAGUUACAUAAAUAAUACAAAGAAAUUCUGUGUUGAAACAGCACAGGGCCUGUGCUGUUAGCACCUGCUCUUUGAAGACCUGCCCUGCUACUGAACAAGUGGGGCUGGUGUGAGAUCCUCACCUAACUCACGUAAAAACCGUGAUUGGUAAGAGCCAUGAUUGCUUUGUAGUUUAUAGAUGAUCUGAUCUCAAACUCGAUCAUUCCUCCUUGGUGGUAGUUUAUUCAACUUUAGGUAAGGGUCAGAACCUGGAAGUUGCUCUUGGAACUGUUGGCAAGGAAAUACAGAGUUUGGAGCCUAUAGCUGAUCACAGACUUGUGUAUAGUGGCUGUGAAACCUACUUUACCCUUUGGGACUAGAUUUUUACACCUGGCUGGUCUACUUUGACUCAAUUUCACCCUUUAUGCCAUGCUUUCCUCCAGGUGUUGCUUAUUGUGGUGCUUGAUGUGCCUUUCAGGUGUUACAGACUACUUAAUGCUUUGGUUGUUUCAAAAACCUGGAAGUACUGCAGUUUUCGACUAUUCUGAGGGCUUGGUUCAGCCUCAGUGAACAGCAUGGGUGUGCUUACAUUUAAUCUAGCUGCCUUGACCUGCCUACAUGGUAAAUAGCAUUGAAAAUCAGCACAGCAUCUUAAUUCAGUGGUGCAACUUCUGAAGGCACAAUAGGCUGAGGAGAAGGAUGUAGUCAGGGCCCUGGUCACAGCAUGCAGCAAGGAGCAGGACCCUGCUGGGAUGUCGCUCAUAAAAAGCAGGAGCAGCAGAGCUGUUUCCAUGCUCAGGGAAGGCAUGAGGUGGAAGGUCGGAAGCUUGCUUCUCCAUUAGCCUCUAGGUUAGGGAGAACUCAAAGAGCUAUUCUAUUAAACACUUGAGGCCGAGCAAUUCUGCACCGACAUCAAACAAUAGAAUAGAUAUAGAUCUGUGUUUUUUUAACCUACUGGCUUCUAGUACUAAGUGUCCUGGUGGUGACUUUGAAAUUGGGGUGCAAUAUUCCGUUUCAUCUUGUUUAUGGUUUACCUGUUGGGGUCAGUUAUACCGUUUAUAAUUAAGUGGGCUUAUGUUUUUUGGCAUAUACUCUAAAAGUCUUUCCCAUUUUAACAACAAGGUUGGCAUGUACAUAUCUUGUGCUCUGCAGAUGUCCCUGCUGAAGGCUUUUCUUGCAAGUAGGUAGUCUUGGUAAAGUGCCUGCCAGGCUGCCCCACAACAGCAUUCCUAGUUACCUAGCGUUACAUUUAGACCCAGACUGGCUUGCUUUGCCUUACUGUUACUCUUCAAUCUUACAGUUUAUCUUUACAAGCUGGCUGUCAGUAAUGUCCCUUGACAAACAAACAUCUUUCCAUCAAAGAAAACGGGUUUGUUUUUUUCUGGCUCUCAGGGAUUUCUACCCCUGAACUAGUGAACUUUGAAAAAUAUUGCUUAUUUUCCCUUUCAGGGCUUCUGAGUGCCUCUUGACUUCCACAGUCAGUCUACUUAUUGCAUUUUAACUUCAGACCUGGCUAUUUAAAAAUAAUAAUAAUAAAAAUCAUUUAAACGCUGGAUGUGGCAAAGGGAAAGAAAACAGUCUUUGUUGUAAUGUGUCUGGGAAGACUGGCUGUCUAAACCCAUUUAUUGCUCCAUGUGAUGCUUUCUGUAAGAGUCACUUAUCUGUGUGCUGGGAUUACGCUUGAUGUAUAUUCAUGGAAAAACUUCAGUAAAUGGAAUUUUGUAAUGAGUAUUUUAUUUGUACAUGUUUUGAAAAGCUAUGAAGCUUAAAAUAAAAUGAUCUUAAUAUUGCCAAUCUAA